UAAAGGCGAUGUUAGCAUUUGUCACCUUAGCAUUCGGUGUUAUGUCAAAGGGGUGUCUGUGGUGUUACGUGCAGUUUAUGUCUAACUAAGUAACCGAUCAUACGUUGUUAAAUGUGGAAGCCUAUGUUACACGGUUUAGCAAUUUUCCUCGAAAUGCUGUAGUCAUACCAUUGUAAUGGAUUGGUAAUUUCUGUGAAAGUUGCAAUAGCUUACAAUUGCCUACCUCAUGGUGAAAGUUUGGAGACGUCCUCUCUUAGCUUGCAACGAUGUUGCUUCUGUCCAUAUUGACAAGAUGGGCCGUUCAACCUACGUUGCGUUCUUCUCGGAGUCCAGGCUUUCUGUGGUGUCCGUGCAGAAGUGUGUCCGUGAACACAGGAGGAUGGAAGAAGAAGAGUAUUCCUACCAGAUACCUGGGCCAGCCCAGUCCGUACACUCACCCCCAUCUGGUCAAACAUGGUGAGGUGACCCCCGGCCUGACCCAGACUGAAUACGAGCUCCGGCGCCAGCGGUUGGCCGCGCUGGUGGAGGCUCAGUCGGAGCGGCUGGGGGGCACCUCUGGCUCCGCCUCUGCCUCCGCCGCUGCCACCUCCACACAUCUGGUCGUGGUCCUGUCCCACCCCACUCGCUACAUGACCAACGACAUCCCCUACCCCUUCCACCAGAACCAGGACUUCCUCUACCUCACCGGCAUCCUGGAGCCCGACAGCGCGUUGGUGUUGUACGGCACCGGCCGGCCGGACAACGCCAUCCUCUUCGUGCCCCGGAGGGACCCCGCCCGGGAGCUGUGGGACGGCCCGCGCUCGGGGAAGGAUGGCGCGGCAGCACUGACAGGGGUGGAGAGGGUGCACGGCACGGAAGAGCUGGGCCUUGUGCUCAAGAGUCUUAAAGGUGGCACGGUGUGGUAUGACAGCUCCCAGCCCUGCCACCCACGGCUGCACCAGACCCAUGUGCGACCCGUGUUGGAGAGCGGGGUGGUGCUGCGCUCCCUCCGACCCCUCACACACUCCCUCCGGGCGGUCAAGAGCCCCCCAGAGGUGGCCCUGAUGAAGCAGGCCGGCCGCAUUACUGCUCAGGCGUUCAGGAAAACAAUGGCCAUGUCUUCAGGCGACAUCGAUGAAGCGCUGCUGUACGCCAAGUUUGAUUUUGAAUGCCGGGCGCACGGUGCUAACUUCCUGGCGUACCCCCCGGUGGUCGCAGGUGGCAACCGGUCCAACACUCUGCACUACAUUAACAACAACCAGAUUGUUAAGGAUGGGGAGAUGGUGCUGCUGGAUGGGGGAUGUGAAUAUUUCGGCUAUGUCAGUGACAUCACACGCACCUGGCCGGUAAAUGGAAGGUUCAGUCCAGCCCAGGCCGAGCUGUACGAGGCGGUGCUGGAGGUCCAGAUGGCCUGUCUGUCACUCUGCACGCCGGGGGUCAGCCUGGACCACAUCUACAGCUCCAUGCUGGCCCUACUGGGGCACCAGCUCAAAAGGCUAGCCAUCGUCAGCGGUGACGCCAGCGAGGUGGACACACUCAAGGUAGAAAAAGACGAGAAAGGAAAUAAUGACGGUCAGACGGACAGACAGUGAUACCCUUGCAGCUGUCCUGAGCCUGAUCACUCACGCUUGGGUACUGCCUGUUAGGCACGCACCCCAAUACGGAUGUGUUAUUUGGGAAAGCAUGAAUAAUGCUUUUGUGUACAGAUAUUUCUGCUUUUUUUGAAAAUGUGCGUUAUUACUUGGAAAUAAAAGUCAGGUCCAUCAUGACUGACAUGGACUUGCAUCAACCACUAUGUUUUUCUUCAAAUCCAUUCAUAUAAUUGUGGAUGGCCAUAAGAUAAAAAAUAUCCAUUCUGUUUGCAGCAUCAGACUUUGAUUUCACUACCUAGUCUUUUCAUUUACUAGAAAUGAUUGAAACGAGGCGGUUAUAUUCAAACAAAACAACAAACAAACAAACAACAAACAGUAGUUUACCUACCGUGGACAACAGGAAAUAGGCCGUAACCCGUUGCAGUCUAUUGUAAAAACCAAGGGCUUGGGAGAGGGAUUACGCAACACAGAACACCCUUCUAUCCACCUAGAUGUUCUAUAUCAUUUCUACCAAGAAGAAUGGGGGAACAAAACAGUACAGAACAAUAUAUAAAGCUGAUACUAUCUCACUUGAAUUAUUUCAGCACAGGAGUUCUUUACCAAGUAUAUAAAACGUACAGUGUGUGGUAUUUGGUGGCAUCUAUUAGUAGAAAUGGAAUAUAGUAUUCAUAAUUAUGUUUUAAUUAGUGUAUAAAUUACCUGUUACUAUACCCUUUGUAUCUACACAGGGUGCGGACGCUCAUCGCUUCCAUGUUUCUACAGUAGCCCAGAACAGACAAAACAAAAACACUGCCUUAUGUUGUUAGGAUAUUUUGACGGCCUUGCACUCGCACGUGCCUGUAAAGGGAAGGGUAGUCAGCUGGUUGCAAUUAAGAAACCUCGCCAUUAGAUACCAUUUAAAACUGCACACUCUACCUUUAAUGUAUAGGGGUUGCAGAAUAUUUUAUAUUUCAUUUGGUUUUAAUUUUUUUAAUAGACAAAUACCUUAUUUAGCCUUCAGAAAUAUACUGCAGCAUAGGGGAGACUGGGUAAGAUGUGCUGUUUAACUUAUGUCAUCCUCUAGCCAAGGCAAUAUGACACAGAAAUAAAACGAAUGCAUGCAACACAAGUUCAGGAUGUGUGCCUAACGCAACACAAGUUCAGGAUGUGCGCCUAACUCAACACAAGUUCAGGAUGUGUGCCUAACGCAACACAAGUUCAGGAUGUGUGCCUAACUCUAGCAGUGUGCCUAACGCAACACAAGUUCAGGAUGUGUGCCUAACGCAACACAAGUUCAGGAUGUGUGCCUAACUCAACACAAGUUCAGGAUGUGUGCCUAACUCUAGCAGUGUGUCUUACUCAAAUAGACAGCCAAAUAUGGGCUCAACUUGCCUCAUGUUAGGGUUAAGUUGAUCCAGCUGACCGGUGAAGUUGAGGCAUCUGAGAAAAAAACGAUUGUAUCAACCAGAAGUAUAAUUCUAAAUGUAAUUAUUAAUAAUUACAUCCCCUAUUCUGCUGAUUUUUUUAUUGGUGUUCAUGAAUUGAUAUCACAACUUAUUUGUUUACCGUUCUGAAACCUUAAGAUGGUUUGCCAGGUGUCUAAUUAAAAAAAAAUAGACAUGGAAGUCUUGAAUUGAAUGUAUGUUUUUUGGCAUAAUUGCAAACUUUUUAGGGCUACAAAAAUAAUCAUAUACACCAACAUGUCGCAUAAUGUUGUGAAUGUCCGUAUAAUAGCAAACUUUGUAGCCAAUCACAUAAGCACUAACAUAACACAUAUGGCACUUGACUAUGGAGUCACUAUGUUUUUAUUCUAUAUUUACGUGGCGUGACCGCUGUUAAAAAUCUGCUAUAAAAAAUAAUGUCCGUUAUUCAUUGUUGGGAUAUAACACUCAUUUAAGCACCAAAUAUUUGACUGAAAUUCAUGUAAACGGGUGGUUCGUCUCAUCUCAAGGCUCUGGCUCAUUUUGCCCCAUAGCCACCAUUUUGGGAGGGAAAAGUGCUUACUCUAGCAACCCAGACCUACACUUUUGCUAAUAAUGUUUUUACACACUGCCAGUUCAACAUAUCUGAUCUAUAAAAUUGAAUACAUUACUUUUGAUGUGAGACUGAUUGACCUGAUAUGACUGAUAUAUUUGUGCUUACCACUUCAUCCACACGGUUCUUUCUUCUGGUGAAGGCGAAAAUGGAGAAUGCAAAAUAAAUGUAAGGUCCCAUUUAGGGCAACAUUUUUAGUAUGAAAAUACUGAUAAAAUAUGUGUAUCUUUUGUAAACCGUUUGCAAGCCACUUACUAUAUACUGAUAAUUGCAACCAUUCAUUUGUUUGACAUUUAUUUUGACAAUUUGGCUUUUUGUAUUUGCUUUUUGUAAAUCCAUACCAUUCCAUAAGUUCACAACAAGUAAUUGCUUUAGUCUAUCCUUGAUGAAAAAACACGUUGGUCUGUCUUUACAUUUACAUUUAGUCAUUUAGCAGACGCUUUUGUCCAAAGCGACUUACAAUGGAGAGAAC